AUGCCGGGUUAUCGGCAACGUUUGGCCGAAGAGCAGCCGGAAGAAGAUGAAGCAGAGCUUCCCAAUGUCGUGCAGGUGCUUCUCUUACAACGGAGCCAGGGCGAGGUUUCAGCGACAGCAAUUCAAAGGAUUGCGGCUGCUUUAGUGCUGGAUGGGUUUAGGAUAGAGCCCGUCAUGGAACUUGCAGCCUUGGGCGCUUUCGGUGCCUACCCCGGGAACAUAUUUCGCGAUUUGAAAAGCAAGCAUGGCAAGGCUGUGCAAGUGGCAGAGCCAUACAAGCUCAGAGUCCCUGUGCUUGACCCCCGUUCCGCUCCGAGGCAAAGCUUAGAGGACGCUGGUAUGCUACUUCCCCACGAUUUGUUCUGCAGCAUCGGCCGAGAAUACCCCGAUCAGUUUGACAGCAUUUUCGGCAUUGCCGACCUCCCGUCGUUUUGGGGCCAGAUUCGGUCCGACGACUUCCAUUUCGGUGCUGAUUUGCAACCAGACCAAAUUGACAGUCAUCACACGAUACCGAUGUGGCUGCAUGGAGAUGGAGUUGCUUUUGGCGAAAGGGAUUCCCUCAUGGUAUUGUCAUUUGGUUCCUUGACAAGCUCGUUGGCCCCCAGUUCUGCUUGCCUGUUUUGUGCCGCAUUCGCCAAGAAAGUCACAGCCACAUCUGCGAAAAACGAAGGUGAUGAUACCUGGAGGAAUAUUUGGCAACCGUUGGCAUGGUCGCUGGAAUGCCUGUUCGAAGGCAAACACCCGGAGAGAUCUCACGACGGCAAGCCCUGGCAGCCAGGUACCCGAAGGGCCAACUUGGCAGGGCAGGAUUUGCUGCCCACAGGUCCCUGGAAAGGAAUUCUGUGGAGCUUGGUGGGGGACUACGAGUACAUGGCAAACGUGUUGAAGCUCCCCCACUGGAAGAGUAAUGCAAUGUGCGGCUUUUGUGACUGUGACAAGACCAAGCCCGCCAAGUCUCCCUGGAAUUUUGCCAAGCCUGGCUGGGUGACCAAGCAACCCAAUGAUUUCCAGAACUCACCAGUUUGGAGGACGCCUCAUCCGGUUUUCCAGAUCAGUGCUGUGCAUGACUUGUCUGUGCAAUUCGAUGUUCUGCACCUGCUAGAUUUAGGCACCUCCCAAACCUUGGCUGCAAGUGUGGUCAAAGAGAUCAUCUACCACGACAUGGGAGAUGAUGUGGAAACCAAUCUCGGACGAUUCUGGGAAAGUGUGUGGAAUGAGUAUGGCCGACUGGGAAGUUCUUCCAGAAUUUCCAACUUGACCUUGGGAAUGGUGGUGACGGACACGAAAUCCCCGCACAAGGACUACCCUCGCCUGAAGCUGAAGGCUGCAGAAACCCGCCAUUUCAUUCCGGUCCUUGCCAGCAUUUGCAUGAGCUUCCAGAGUUGCAAGCAGCACCGAGUGAGAUCAGAGGUUUUGCAGGCACUGACGUCUUUCUAUGAGUUGCUAGAGGUUUGCGAUUACGUCCCGACUGCAGAGCAACACAGGGAAAUGACGAAGGUUUGGUGGUCUUUUCUCAAAGGCUAUCAAUGGUUGUCCGAUCAUGCCGCCAAGAAAGGCAUGAAACUUUAUGACCCAGUGCCAAAGUUCCAUUACAGUGCACACCUUCCUGAGCAGGCCAAGUUCCUGAAUCCACGCAAGACGUGGACAUAUAGAAACGAGGAUUAUGUAGGAUUGGUAGCUUCGAUUGCUUCCUCCUGCGCCUUCGGGACACGGGCUCCGGCCUUGUCGCUCAAGACCGCUGAGAAGUUGCGAUUUUUUAUGCACUUUUCGUGGGCCUUCAAACAUGAGGAGUGA